UGUCGAGUUGGUGUUGGAAUGCUGACUAAAUGAGAGGUGCAGUACGUGGAAGAGGUCGGCCGAAGAAAUCCACCUUGGCAGAAAUGGAGAGAAAGAAUGCUGAAAGGACAGUGGAGUUUGAGCCACCACUUGAUGGAGCCAUGGCCGCUGGAGAUGAAGAAGAAGAACCAGUGGUACGGCCAAAAAUACUUAUAGACCGUGUUGCUAGUGAAGAACUCUCUGCCACAGACUUUUUUGAAGAAAUGAGAGAGUUUAUGCGACGGUCUAGACAAACUGAAGCGGUACUUUUUGAUCAGAUUAAACAGCUAAGAGGUGAGAUGGGAGCAAAGUCGACGCAGGACUGGAUGUCAGAUGAACAAUAUGAACAGCCUGACCAACAUUAUCCUCAUGCUAUACCUGCUGGUGUUUUAAAGCUGCAAGCUGAAACCUCCAUGCACCUGCCCACAGUUAAAGAACCAAAGAAAUUCAUUCCACUUCAAGCUAGUGGGCCUGUCUCCUCAUUACAGCAACUGUUGCCUCAGCAGCAACAGCGUGCUUCUCCACCAACCCGGUCUGUCAGGCCCCAUGUCAGUGAACCAAGAAUACCUGACUUCAAAGAAGGUGAAGAUCCAGAGAGCUUCUUUGUUCGGUUUGAGCGGAUGGCCAGAACAUGGGGGUGGCAGCCAGUGGAGUGGGCAGCCAGAGUGGUCACCUUAUUGACGGGAAAAGCUCUUGAUGCUUAUGCUGGAAUGGACGAAGAACAAGCUGAAUCCUACGAGGCCGUUAAAGCAGCAGUGUUAAUGAAGUUCAAUGUGACAGAGGAGACUUACAGACAGCGUUUCCGGAGCACUAUUGUGCCAGUGGGAGAAACAGUCCGUGAAACCUACAACCGGAUAAAGGGACUUUAUAAACGAUGGAUGCGACCAAACAGCCGCACUAAGGAGCAGAUUGGUGAGUCUAUUGUUUUGGAGCAAUACCUCCGUGUGCUCCAACCAGACAUUCGCACCUGGGUAAAGGAGAACGAUCCCCAGACAGGAGAGGAAGCAGCGGACCUGGCAGAACGCUACACAGCUGCUCACGGGGACCCUUCAAGGAAAAAGUUGACUGUUGGGAAGUCAAGGUUUGGGGAGACCAAACCUUACGGUUUGCCUGUUGUGGACAAUAAGGACAUUGGGGUUGGUAAGAAACCUGUACAUUCAAACUUGAAACCUAACUUCACAUGUUUUUACUGUCAGCAACCUGGCCACAAAGCUUCAUUUUGUCCUUUAAAAAGAUCAAAAACAGUUGAGUUGUGUUCUGUACCUCGUCCUGAUAAUGAUGACCAUGAUGAUGUUAAUGAGAAUGAAAUGAUUCCACAUAGACAUGUAGUAGAUGUCACAGUUAACGGUCAUGUGGCAAAGGCUCUGGCUGACACUGGUAGUUCGCAAACUUUGGUAAAGUCCAGCCUACUCCACAACUCACUGACUAACUUUGAACGAAAUGUAAAUAUCACAUGUGUUCAUGGAUGUAGGAAAGAUUACCCAACUGCAGAAGUGAUCAUUGAGGUUGAAGGGCAAGCCUUUAUGUUAACUGUUGGUGCGCUAGAUCACCUAGCAUAUGAUGUAAUCCUUGGAGAAGAUUUGCCUGUGCUAGACAAUUUGGUCCAGCAAAACUCCAGAGUAUACUCUUGUGCUGUAGUGACUCGCUCUGUCACCAAGGGACAGGUGAGAGGCCCUUUGGACAUGCUGAAGGAGAACUGGGUGGCUGGUGUGGCAACGUCACCAACAACGAACAUCAUCUCCUACAUUCUGCAGAUGCGAGACAAACUGGAAAGUUGCAGAGAAAGAGUCAAAGAAAACAUGCUGGAGGCUCAACAUAAACAAAAGGUGGAGAGCAUGUUCUGA